AAGAAAUUCGAGACGCGCAGUUGAGAGAACCGUUACUUUCCAUCAUUGGUCUAUCAAUUGUUUAGCCAAUUUAGGAUUUUUUAAAAUCGACCUAAUCCUAGUUGAUUCAAGUUGCAACUAUCUACCGAGAGAGUAAAAAUUAAUCUAAAAAGGCAAACUGACCCUUUUUCAUAAUUUGUUUCUACUCUAGCCUCCGGCAUUUGCGUAGGAGGGACAGGGAUCACCAAAACAGAGCGCACAAAGCCAUUGCGCGCAGUACCACGUCAUUCUGUCAAUCUUAUUGAAACUUGUUUCGUUACUUUCUAGCAACAUAUACUUCAUUUUCAUUCAGAUCAUAUUUAGAUAGUUGGGGAGUCGGGGGAGAUGAUAACAGGAUUUCGACUGAACUUGGCGCCUCUCAAGGAACCGCUGGGAUUCAUCAAAUUUAUAGAAUGGCUGACAGCCAUCUUUGCAUUUGGGAGCUGUGGGGGGUAUUCUGGAAGGACUAUCGUGUCACUCUUCUGCAGCGAAGGAAGGAACGAGACACUGAAUGCUACUUUUAGCUAUCCCUUCAGGUUAAACCUGGUUGCUCUAGUGGAGAGCAACACCACUCUGUGUAACCACUCUGUGCCCGUCACCCACCUGGUGGGAGACUCCGCCUCCUCGGCCCAGUUCUUUGUGGGCGUGGCCAUCAUCUGCUUCCUGUACUCUAUAGUGGCGUUGCUCGUCUACCUGGGCUACAUGCACGUGUACAAGGACUCUGACUUCGGCCCUAUGUUUGAUUUUGGUCUGACGGCAGCGAUUGCCUUCCUGUGGCUAGUGUGUUCCUCAGCAUGGGCCAAGGGGCUGCAGAACGUGAAGGAUGCCACCGGGACGGCGGACAUCACCUCCACACUGGCACUCUGCAAGGAGAGCGACGUGUCCUGCGAGGUCACUGACUUCGCCAACAUGCGCACCCUCAAUGUCUCUGUGGUGUUUGGGUACCUGAAUCUGAUCGUGUGGGCUGGGAACGCCUGGAUUGUGUACAAGGAGACCCGCUGCCACUCUCAGAAGUACACUGCCCGGCAGGGGGCUGGGGCCGGGCGUGGUCAACAAGUCCCUGCUGCUAUCUAAUACUCUACUCCACUUCCAAUGGCCAAAAUAGCCCCUACACACCCUAAGUACUCCUGUAGCUCUGAGAGGAUUGGAUGGAUACACUAUAAGUUUUAUGGUAAUAGGCAGCUUCAUCUUGCCUGCUGAUUGUCUGGGUGGAAACGGCCAUAUUUUUACUGUGCCUUAGUUAUCAAUAUCUAUGCUUUGUCGAAUAUAUCUGUGCCUUCAAUACCGGUCCCAAUUUUGGGCCAUGCCUUUCUGUGCCUUAGCAUGCUAAUGCUUUCUCUCCUCGUGCCUUCUUUAACUUCUAAACCGGUGCCUUCACUUACCAGUAAAUCUCACGAACCCCUGGUAUUUUCUCCUAAGCUGUGGUACAGACUUAUUGACAGCAUUUGUGCACUUUGACCGGCAACUACAGUGUCUUUGUUCUGGGCAUUUCUACCAAACCCUAACCUGGGAUAAUUCAGAUUCUUAAACAAUGUGUCCUUUCGCCUCAUAGACUAGAAGGAAUCCUGAUCUGUCCUCACUUGCCUCUUUUUGCCAAGUGUGGCAGUCUUGCUUUCGUCCCUCUCCUCGCCCCAACCUGGGCUCGAACCAGUGACCCUCUGAACACAUCAACAACUGCCUCCCACGAAGCAUCAUUAUCUAUCGCUCCACAGCUACUUCAAGGUCCCAGAGCGAGUGACGUCACCAGUUGAAACUCUACUAGCGCGCACCACUAACUAGCUAGCCAUUUCACACUGUUAACACAAGGAUGCAUGUGUCUCUGACUGUACUGCUGGCCAUAUGCUUUCUUAAAUUUGAUAUAUAUAUAUAUAUAUAUAUAUAUAUACAUUUCAAUGUUUGUUUCACUUGAAAAUAAGUAGAACUUUCCAGUCUUGAUCUUGUAUCUUUCAAUAUCAUCUUCUGUUGCGAAGACUGAUUUAAAAAAAAUGAUGUUCUUUAGUCUGCCAUGGUUUUUGUACUUUGUAUUAUCUUGUUUGUUAAACCUCAGCCACUAAGAAAGUGUGCAUGUGCUGGCUUUAUGUCUUCAAAUCUCCUGUUUUUUAAAAUUAUUUUUAGAUUGCUUAAUGAAUUAUUAUUCCCUGCCAUUACCUUUGCAUUUCUGAUCUAUUUUCUGUUAUUACCUUUGAUCUUAUAAAAGUGUAACUUGAAGUGCUUGUGUAUGUAUGGAAGACCAAUGUUGAGUGUGUGCAUGUGUGUUUGUAAUGUCUGGUAUCCUGGUUAUGCCUCUGUCUUCCUCUUGUAGUCAUCAGACCAACUUUAGCUUCAUGGAGGAUCUGUAUGUAUCUGCCCCGUUGUGGAGAGAGACGGAGCUGUCCUUUCCACAACAUGCGAAUUAUGAAUGUCUACUUUCUUUUGGAAUAAAAAACCAUGCAUUUCCUA